CGCGAGAAUCCUAGUCCUACUCUUGCCGUACUAACCUCUGUGACUGGGCGGGUUGCCUCCUUUCAGGCGUAGAGCGCAGGCGCAUAUUGCGACGAAACGGGACGAAAGCGUCAGAAUUAGUUAGCCAGACUCCAUACUUGAGACCUUACUUUUGGCACUGGUGUUUCGUGUGGUUUCAUUUCUGCUUAUCAUGGCUUCACGAGCACCAGCAGGUGAAAAUUUGCCCGUGUACAAACUUGUUGUUGUGGGCGAUGGUGGUGUGGGGAAAAGUGCCAUUACCAUUCAGUUCUUCCAAAAGCUUUUUGUUACUGAUUAUGAUCCUACAAUAGAAGACAGCUACAUACAGCAUACUGAAGUCGAUGGUAUUUGGUGUGUGUUGGAUGUUCUUGACACUGCUGGACAAGAAGAAUUUAGCGCUAUGAGGGAACAAUAUAUGCGUAAAGGUGAUGGUUUUCUGCUUGUGUAUUCUGUAACUGAUGUUCAAAGUUAUGAAAACAUUGUGAACUUUCACACACAAAUCUUACGUGUCAAAGACAGGGAUUCAUAUCCAAUGCUUCUAGUGGCUAACAAAGUUGAUCUAGUUCAUCAUCGUAAAAUUCCUGAGGAAAGUGGAAGAGAUCUUGCUCUUCGACUUGGCAUACCUUACAUUGAAACAAGUGCUAAGGAUCCUCCACUAAACGUUGAUGCUGCUUUCCAUGAGGUGGUGCGGACCAUCAGGAAUCAACCAAUUGCGGAACAAGUCAAAUAUCGUAGAAGGCGUCCAAAUAAAUGUGUUGUAAUGUGAGUGCUAGACUUGUCAGCCGAAAAGCAGAUGAGUUGUGUUUCUGGAAAGUCCACUUUGAAAUGGAAAUUAAUCUUUUAAAUAACCAUCAUGUAACUGUCUUAAUGUUUAUAUUAAGUAGUUGCUUGCCUAAUCAUAUUGUCCUAUAAGUAAGGUGCAACACAUGGUUGUUUUGUUGGUCUCAGUGAUUUACUUUCUUGCUGCUAUUAAUUUUGUCUUUCUAUUGAAAGACAUUGUAUGCCUAGCAAGAUAGAUGAAAGAUUGUGAAUUGUACUCUUGUGUAUCUGCACAUGAUUUUUAAAAUUCGAUGAGAGGUAUUUUAUGCAUUUAUAGCAAGAGAUGUUAUAUCUAGAUUGUAAAGAAAGAGACACUGUAGGGGGAACUUGUGGCUUUCAAUGUGCUAUACUUAUACAAAAAGUACAGUAGCAUAGCUGAUUGUUGUGACUCAUCAGCAGACUAAUUUAAAAAUUAAUCAAUGCUCACUUAGAAGACGAUAUUGAAAAUAUCUAUUUUCAUACUGAUGUUGGUAUUAAUUCUUAAAUCAAAUUUUUGACCUCAUAAUGAUGCAUUUAAAUAGUAACAUAUUGACAGGGAUUUUGAAACAAACACUAGAUUAGAGAUACAGUAUUUGUGAUGCUCUGAUUUUUAUUUACAACAGUACUGUUUGCACUUUGUGUAUGAUCUGUUUAACCCAAGUAACAGAGAGAGGUUCAUCACUGAGACACUAGUUUUUGUGACGUGUUUCAUUAUACGAAAAGUUAAUGUCAUUGUGACCUCAGAGUGAUGUAAAUGACAUCACGUUUAGUAAACUGAAUUACGUCACAACAACUAGUGUGGAAAUGACGUCAAAAUCACAUCAUUUUGACACAUUCAUGACAAAGCGCAGUUACUUGGGGAUGCUUAUUAUUAUUAAUAUGCAUGUGCUUUGGGCCUGCUCCAUAUUUGACUGUUGUUUUGUACAGUUAAUAGAGAUCAUAAUCUUAGGUACCAUGAAACUAGUCAAAAAAUAUGUGGUAGUGCUAGUAUGUGAAGGUAGUAGCAAUCACCGGCACACAUAUUGGAUCAAUCAAGUUUAUACAUUUGUGCAAUUUUUUCCAAGAGGUGCUAAUUGUGUAUCAUGUUUAUUAUUAGUAAGAGAUUUGUCUUAGAUGAGAUGGUUGAAAAACUAUUUUAGAUAGUGUAGUUUUAGUAAUUUUGUAUCCAACUAAAGAUUCAUAUUUUUUUUUCUACUGUUUAGUUUUACUUUAAAAUAUUGACUUGAUUUUAAUAAGAAAUUUCACUGUUUAUUUUAAGUGUGAAUUUGUUAAGACAUCAUGCCAUUUUACACUACUAUAGUCUGUUUUUGGUACUUUGAUGAUAACUAGUGGAUUUUGGUGCCAAGUCUUUUUGUUUCAACUAUUCUUGACAGAGACCAUUCAAUAUGUUUUCUAUAGCAAACCUUUCCAGAAUUUGGGACUUGGAAAGCAAUUUGUCUGAACAUGUGAUAUAUUGUAACAUAAGCCAUUGCCAUUACAUCAGUAUUACAUUUACAUUUGCCUGAUGGAAAUGUUCAAUUCACUGCCGUCUGACUAGUUACAUCUCCAAUCAGCUUGAAUGCUGAGUAAAUUUUGUGCAUUUCCUUCGCUGAUUUUCUUUUUUUCUGCACAAUUAGGCUUUCACCAAAAGCAAUGGUACGCCAUGCUCAUUAUGUACUGAAAUUGAUGGUUGUGUGGUUCUUACAAUCGGGCUCAAUAUUUUCUUUCUGUGAAUCCUAAUUUUCAACAAACUAAUCAUUCUUUUUUGUUUUUUGAAUUACCUUUAUAUUUGUUCAUCCAAAAUGGGAAUGGACAUAAUGUGUGUGUGUUGUUCCAUGAUACAUAAUGCCAAACCAAAUACCUAUUUAUUUACUUAUUUAUCUACAUAUUCAUUAGGGUAUUAAUGUUUUAUGUAGGAGUUGUAUCAUUAUCAUCUACUGUACCUACAUUAUUUAUCAUUGUUAGAAGGUUCAUUUUCAUUUUUUAUAGUUUAAAGGCUGUGCUAACUUAUUGUUUUUGUGCUCUUAUGUCAAGUCUUACCACUCCAUGAUGCAGGAAUGGCCUGUUAUAAUUUUUGGACAAAUUUGCGCUUGUGAUCUAUUGCUUUAGUUGCCUUUAAAUGUUUACUAGAGCCUGCUAACAUGCUGUGGAGGGUAAUUAAUAAAGUGUUCUGAAACCUGAA